GUUUAAAAAUAGAGCGUGUGCUAUUUCAACAGCGCACACAUUUUUCAUUGCUCGUGGAGACAACUGCGUGUUCGGAUCGAACGUUCAAAUAUGUUUUGCGAGAUCAUAUUUGAGUCUCCCACAGUUUGUCGCAGUUUGUUGGAGGUGCUGUAGGUUUACUACCAAAUAAUGGCAAGUUACACACACGUAUUUACGGAUAAAGAAACAACAAACUGGUUUAAAUCAUGUAUGGCCCUCAAAAUCACAAAAGAAGGAUUAGGACAUUUUGUUGAUUCGGAAAUACAGAGUGUUCAUCGAGCGGUGGGUAGAAGUUGUGGACAAUGUUCCAUAGAAAACAUAGUAAAAUGUCCAACUCCCGGCAUAUGUCGAAACGCGAGGAAUUGUAACUUUCACGAUACGCAAGCAAAACGGAAUCGACAGUGCCCGUUUAACGUAUGUGAUCAAGUUAAACAAAAUAUUGAAAGUCACCAUAGGCACAAGGUGCCAUCGUGGAAGAACACUAAGGCGGAGUUGUGGAUAACGGACCAUUGGCAGAUUGCAAAAUGUUUCCUUCCUCCAGACGGUUACCUGCAUGUUGCUACUGUUUCAGAAACCGAUUUCAACGGUGUAAUCAAUGUAAUGCUCAACUGUAAAGAUUUUGAUAAUUGCCUUUCAUUUCCUGUAUCACCCCAACCUCCAGCAACAGAGUCUAUUUUGACAAAGGCCCGUCAGAUAGGUCGGGACGUACGGCAUACAUCAAGCUGCAAGAUUACAGAUGCUGAUCUGCAGGAUUACUUUCAAAUACUAAACACUCUACUGAGCGAUCCAGCAUGCCUUGCACAAGACCCCUUCGCCAACGCUGCAUGUACUAAGCUUAAUGAUUUACAGAAUGAACGCCUUUCGAUAAGUGAUGCAGAGUUGAGUGGUCUUCUGAAAGAUGCACAGGGGAUGCUUGAAGCGGUAAGAGCCGAAAAAGGAAACUUGGAUGUAGAAAUUGAAAAAGCUCUACAGAAUAUCAAACAAGGUUUAGACGAACUUCAAACAAAGACAGAUGAAUGUUUAAAGAAAAUAGCAGAUAAUACAAAAGACAAUAUAAAUAAAUUAGGAACAAAAUCAAAAGAUGGUGAAAGGACAAUUGGACAAAAGGCUAAGCAAACUAUGCAGAAAAUUGCAGAAAAGGCAAAAUAUAUAAAUAAAACAGUUGGUAAAAGAACACAGGGGUGGAUUCAGAAAAUACGAGAGACAACAUCAAAGGGAUUGGAUAAAAUAGAACAGACAACCAGAGAUGGAUAUCAAAAGUUAGCAAAAAAGUCACAAUACGGUGUGGACACUAUAAAUCAGACAACAGCAGUUAGUUUCGAUAAAUUAAAUGAAAAGUUUAACGUAAGCGAUCAAACAUUAGGAAUUAAGACACAAGAAGGAAUAGAGAAAAUACGCGCAGUAACAACACAGACUUUAGAGAAAGUGCACGAAAUGGGAAAAGACGUCAGCCAAAAUAUUGAAAGAAAGCAGUUGGUUUGCAUUGAGACAUUAACGGAAACAGCAAAUCGUGGCGAGAAGACUCUAGAAGAAACAAUAAAGCAAAGUUCGCGUUAUGGAACACAGAUUAUACAAGACAAAACUUAUGAUGGUGAACAGAUUUUAGAAGACAAAACUGUUAAAAGUAUCGAACGUAUUCAAGAGGCUAAAAAUAAACAAGGAACCUUAGACUACGAAACGAACUCAAAAGAUUUCCUCCGACGAUUGAAGGGAUUGUAUCUUGAAACAUUUAGUACGGUGUCAUUAUCCACAUUAGAUUCAAGUCUUGAUAAACCUCUUUCUGAAAUAUAUGCCGCACCGAGAGUUUAUAGCAUCCGUAUUGACAAAGAUGGUAAAAGAAAAACAGGUGAUCAAAUAUAUAAAUACAAAGAUUUAAUCUGUAAAGAAGGUACGCCGAAUAAGCAUAUUUUCAUUCAAGGUGAACCCGGCAUGGGCAAAACAACAUUUGCAGCUAAGUUAGUACUGGAUUGGUGCAAUGGAUCAACUACAUCCCCCCUAUUGUCCGACGAAUCAGCUGUAUUUGAUGAUGUGGAUACCCUAAUGGAGUUUACAUUUCUCUUCUAUAUCGCUUUGAGAGAGGCAGGGCAUCAGAGAGAUAUUUCACAGAUGAUUAAAGCCCAAAUCAUUGACAUGAUAUACGCUGAAGACGAACGUGAAGAAGCAUAUAAAAUGUUUGAACUAAUUCGGAAAACUGAAAAUAGUUUUUUGCUUGAAGACGGUUUAGAUGAGUGGUUAGAUCCGAGUGAUAAACUCGUUCAGCCUUCAUUGGCAGGUUUUCUCAAGGAACCUACAGUUUUGAUUACUACUCGACCAUGGAAACUUACGGACGAACGUAUAAGAAACUCACAUAUUGACAGUUUAUUAGAACUAGACGGUGUUAACGACAGUGUAAUACUUUAUGAAAGGAUUCUUAGUUGCAUCAUAUCUCAACAUCUAUCCCUUAAGAUUAGGGAAUUCAAAAGCUUUGUUGAAGCACAUUACCUCCAACACCUGCUUACGUCGCCUAUGCUGAACACUAUGGUUGUCUGCACGUGGGCUCAAGGGAGAUUCCGACAAUCGGCUGGCUUAUCAUUGUGCGAAUUGUACACAACCCUAUUGGAGGGUCUUUGUAAAAAGGCGAACGAUGUAACUGGAUUCUUUAACCUUUCUCAUAAGUCUCCAGUUAGCUGCUUUGAGGAAACCGAAUAUCUGCAACCAAACAUCAAUUAUAUCGAAGUUAUUUCUAAAACAGCAUUCCAUUUCUUGUUCUCUCAGAAUAAAGAAAAGGCUUUAGUUUUUAGUGAUAAAGAUCUUUCAAGCUACAUGUCAAAAGGGGAGAAAGAGUUUGCCCUCAAAGCUGGAAUUUUCACUCAAAGAAAAUGUGCUAUUCGCGGAACUUGCUCCUUUCUUCAUAAAAGCCUACAGGAAUACUUUGCUGCUUUUCAUAUUGCUACUACAGCGAAUGUAAUACGUGACGAAAUAGCGGUGAAGCUGGGUCCCAAAACCACUGAUGCUCUAGAAAUUUCUCAAGUCUUUAUCUUUGUAUGUGGGUUCAAUGCUUCUGCAGCGAACGAUUUAUCAAAUCUCAUUGAUAAAUACUUUGAUAGUGUUUUCGUUAGCCCAUUACAGGAAAUGGUUGUAGCCGGUUUUAUGGAGGCUCAAGCGAAUAAGCAGACAUCUAUACAUCUGACACUGAGUGGUAUUUGUUUGAACGAUGGUCUGUUAAACAGUGAGGCUUUGCGAAAUAUCUGGAAAGACAACAAUUCAACGAUGCGAUAUUUGUCGGUUCAAACAAUGAGGCCUCUUACUGUAUAUACAAAUGACGCUCCGAAUAUUUACAAUGACCUUCACCUUACAAGAUACCUUAACAGAAAAACAAAUUCAUAUGUAUACAAAGAUUUAACACUUGUAGAAGAACAAAAGUCUUUGAAUUUGUCAUCAUGUCACUCUCUCGAAAAACUGUCGUUAAGUGGCAAAAAUAUUACCCUCAUGCCAGGAGCACUCAGGAACAACAAUGCACUUAAAGAGCUAGAAUUAUUUUGUAAAUGUGACGGAUUAGACAUGUCAGCGUGUCGCAAUUUAAUAUCGCUGAGUACGCACACUCAAGUGACAUUUAUGCCACAUACAAUCUGUGAACUUAAGGGGCUUAAAUUUCUGAAAAUUAGUGGUCAUUGUAACGGAUUGGAUUUGUCAUCGUGCAUACAUCUAGAAAGUGUUGAGGUGGAUGGACAUGUGACAUUUAUGCCAAACUCAUUUCGGAGCUUAGGAAUGCUUAAACAUAUCAUAUAUCGAGGCGAAUGUGACUCUAUGGAUUUGUCAUUUUGUCGCAGUCUAGAAUAUUUAGAUAUCAAUACGACAGAUGUUUUGUUGCCAAAAUGGAUUUGUGGGCUUGAUAGCCUCAAACAUCUUAAAUUAGUAUGCCGAUGCGAUGGAUUAGAUUUGACAUCGUGUCAAAGUCUGGAACAUGUAGAUAUCAGUGGUCAAGUGGAAUUGCAUUGCAGUGCACAAUUUUCGCUAGAUAAACUUACAAUUCUUAAAUUAAAUUGCGAUUGCAAACGAUUGGAUUUGUCAUCUUGUCGAAAUCUCAUUAGUAUUGAAAUAGAAGGCGAGGUAACAUUGGUGCCAAACGCUGUAACCAGAUUAAACAAAUUAAAAGAGCUGAAAUUGCAUUCAUGCAUGUGUGACGGGUUGGAUUUAUCAGGAUCCCAUAGUCUAGAAACCUUGGCUGUUUGUUGGUCAGUUACAUUGUUGCCAAACACAUUGUCUGGCGCUUUCAAACUUGAACAGCUACAAUGUUUUGGUCAAUUCGGCAAACAUACAGUGGAUAUACAGAAAUCGAUACCACUAAUCAGUUUUAGGGGCAGAUAUAUUAUUCAAAUACCACAAUUUUUAAAAAAUAUUUCAUUUCAAUAUGUCGUGUGUACCUCGCAUUGGUUGCACUGCCUUUUCAACAGUCUUCUGACAGUUGAUCAUCAGGUAACAUGUGAACUUGGCGAUUGUGUGAUAACGGUCUCUGAACAUAUUUAUCCCAACGAAUAUAAAAACCUAUCCAUUUUUGCAGAAUUUGGGUGGUCAAGAGAAAUUACUAUUGAUGAUGUUAUAACAACAAGCGUACAGCCCCAUAUAAGCGCUUGUGGCAAUGAUGUAUCAAGUUAUCUUAAACAAGACAUGUCUAAAUUGAUACCUUUAGAUCACUGCCUAGCUAGGUCAUUACCAAGUGAAAAGACCACUAACAAUAGUUCGGAAAAAGAAUUAUGUAUCUCAGCACAACAAAGUAUGUCCAAAUGUAUGGAUAUAGAUGAACAUACAACUUGCAGAAGUUUCCUCGUGGACGGUAAGAUGUCUUCAAAAAGCACCAUAUCAGAAGUGAUAGCAACGGAUAAUUGCCUGUAUUAUCCAGAAACCACACCGAUAAAACAGAAUAUUGGCGGUAGUCCCGUCAAGGAGGUGAAGAGAACGUCCGGAGAAGAAAUGUAUACAUUUACUUCUAUAACUAAUCCUACUAACAAUUUUGCUGUGACAGCGAAUGAACAGACCGCCGAAAACAAAAAUGCCAAUUACAAUGGACAUGGAAUAUUGAAAGAGACAACCAACAGCGGAUAUGUUGAAGUCUCGACGAUUUCAGCCGAACAAGAAAUGUCAAGCUCGUUUCUUAUAAAUGAAUCUUCGAGUAAACCCAAUAUAACAAAGGUUAAGCAUACACACAAUUGCGUUGGGGCAUCAAUUGAAGCUGAAGAAUCGUCUUUAAGUUUGCUCACUAAUACUAACGUUUUUGAUAGAUCAAGUUUAUCAACGAAUGAUCAGAUUGACAUCAGCAAAGAUUGUUAUCAUGUGUCAACUUCUGCUGAACAGCAACUGUCAAAAUUGUUUACGAUAGCCGACUGCCCAGGUUAUGCCGAUGUAACGAGUGAAAAUAAAACUAUGAAAGAGUUGUGUGCUGGUAGAUCAAUUUUUACCGAAGAAGAAAUGUCAGUCUUGAUUACUUCUGAUGUCAUUUCGGAGAAUGCAGAAACAGCAUCGAAAAAGCAUUCCAUCCAUAGCGGCUCCAACGAUAAUGUAUCGAUCCCGGCUGAACAAGGAAUGUCAACUUUGCCCAAUAUCGAAGAAAGUUUUAGUUUUUCAGAACCAAAAACUAGGCAGGGCCCUAUUGGCAAUAUCAGCGAUGAGUUGCCGGAACCUUCUGAACAGAUAAAUUCAACAGUUAUUGCGUCAGAUGACUGUCUUUGCUUUUCGGAGUCUACAAUUCUUCAACAGACCACUGGCGACUAUUCCGGACCAAACGCCUUGAUAAAAGCCAAACUUGAACUGAGUACAUUUAAUUAUAGCGAUUUUUUUCUUCAAAAUUCUGAUAUUGACGAAAAUAAACAUACGACAAAAAGCGAUACUGAGGACGAAUAUUUAAUUUCAACCGAAUUGGGGAUGCCGCAAGCCAUUUCAUCCGGACAAAGUAUAUCAAAGUUGAUGAAUAUUGAUGAUUAUUUGAGUGAUUCUGAUUCAGUAAAGAGUACAGAAAAUCCGUUGAACAGGUUCAGCAAGGACAUAAAGAUUUCUUUAGAUCGAGAAAUGUCCAAAUUGAUUACUAUAGAUGACUGUUCGUGUAAUCCAGAAUGUACAACGGUGAAUACGCCCACUGGCGAUGUUUUAGCAAAAUAUGUGUCGAUACCAGCAGAACAAGGAAUGACAGAAGUGAUCACUAUGGAAGAAUAUUCGUCUUUUCCGUGCGAUUCAAUAGAUGAGCAGUGUUUCGGAAAUGAGGUAAUCAGUACAGAACACAGAGAGGAAAUCAUUUACAUCCGUAAUCCCAAGGACCUGUCGGUGCCAGAUGAAUUUUGUAUGUCCAGACGUACGGAUUCAAAUAUCUUUCCGGAAUAUCCCGAUUUAACUGCUAGUGAACGGAAUUUCCUCUGCGACGAUUAUGAAAUAUUUGAGGAAAAAGGUGCACAUGAAAUGUAUGAACUGGAUGAUGAUUAUCUUUCCGAUAUUCCUGAUAGUGAUGAACGUAAACCAAAAGCUCACCAAAGCGGUCCUGCGUUGAUAGCAAAAGUAACAGCAGGACAAGGAAUGCUAGAAAUUAAUGACGAUGAUUAUCCUUCAAUUUGUCCAGGCUUAUGGCGUGCACUAUGUGGCACAAAUACAGAGUAUCUGAAACUACGUAUAUGUCACCCUAGCAAUAACGACGAUAGUGUUAUUCAGUCUGAGACAUUAUCAUCACUAUCAAAGUUGCAUACAUUAGAUAUAUGUCGUUACUAUGACUGCCCUAAUGUGUGGUCAGCUGUAUGUGAUGUGAACAUAAGGAAUCUGAGCCUGGACUUAAGAGAGAUUAUGUUCCUCAAGUAG